AGGUGCGCGUGUGUAAACGCACCUCCGAACCACGUGUUACGUUUCCAUAGUCACGUCACAUCGACUACCACCAUGUUGUAGGAAAUCCACCGCGGCUCCUCACUCACUGUCAGAUUACAGUCUAAUCCGAGGAGGAAGACACACUGAAGUGGAGCCGCUGUCUGCACCUCGGAGGAGGAAGGAAGGGAAGGACCCGCUCCGUGUUUGUUGUGAACACACCACAAACAAACCAACUGUCAUUUUUCUUUUUUUUUUUCUCUCUCUCUCUACAAACGGACGAUGAGUCUUCCUUCCGUCGCUGUCUUCGCCUGUCCGCCGACUUGCCAACACGUUAAGAUGUUAGCCGGCUAACUAGCUGAAAAAAAAAAAAGAGUAACUAAAUCGGAUUAGCUGCUAACGGGGCAGCUUCUCGCUCUCUCUCUGUCUGUGUCCCUCUGGGUUAACAUCCAGCUGGUGCUGUUUUGCUGUACUUGACAACUAUUUCACAGCAAAUCCCGGGUUGUUUUUUUGUAACGUGUGUGACAAUCUGCGCGUGUCAACAUUAGUACUUUUAGUGCUUUUAAUUAACCGUUGGCUGCGAGCUAGCUUAGGUUAUUAGCCAAGGCGAAACCACCACCACCACAACAACAAGAGCUAGUUAUAGAGCUCCUCUCGCUAGCUGACUUAAUCUUCACUGUUUUGUCGGGGGAAGAGGAAAUAUUAAAUUAGCCUCCUCCGACCAGCAAACUGAAGUCGAGACGGAGCUGACGGCCGAGCUGAUGUGCUAGCUUGUCUCCGGGGCUAGCUGGCAGGAGAGCUUCUUCUGACUCCCCCUCCUCCUCUUCCUCCUUCUCCUUCUCCUCCACAAAUUAGCCUUCGGACCCCCCUUUUUUUGAGCGAAGAUGUCAGGAAAGGAUAAAGACAAAGACAAACAGGAGAAACAGUCCACGACGGAGCGGCUGGUGAAAGCUGUGCCAUAUCCUCCACAACAUAAACUGACUGUGAAAGAGCUCUUUGAAGAUGGCAAGCCCAACGCCGAGCUGCUCCGCAACCACCUCGUCAAAGAGGGCAGGGUGGAAGAGGACGUGGCUCUAAGGAUCAUCAAUGAUGGGGCCAACAUCCUCCGCCAAGAGAAGUGCAUGCUGGAAGUGGAGGCGCCUAUAACAGUAUGUGGUGAUGUACACGGCCAAUUCUUUGACCUUAUGAAGCUGUUUGAAGUCGGGGGAUCACCCAGCAACACACGGUAUCUCUUCCUCGGUGACUACGUAGAUCGAGGAUACUUCAGUAUUGAGUGUGUUCUCUACCUCUGGUCGCUCAAGAUCAACCACCCCACCACACUCUUCCUCCUGCGUGGGAACCACGAGUGCCGGCACCUCACAGAGUACUUCACCUUCAAACAGGAAUGUAAAAUUAAGUACUCUGAACGGGUGUAUGACGCCUGUAUGGAGGCCUUUGACUGCCUUCCCCUCGCCGCCCUGCUCAACCAGCAGUUCCUGUGUGUACACGGCGGACUCUCACCAGAAAUCAACUGCCUAGACGACAUAAGGAAAUUAGACAGGUUUAAAGAGCCUCCAGCAUUUGGGCCAAUGUGUGACCUGAUUUGGGCCGACCCUGGUGAGGACUACGGCAGCGAAAAGACGUCUGAACACUUCAACCAUAACUCCGUCAGAGGCUGCUCUUACUUUUUCAGUUACUCAGCAGUGUGUGACUUUUUGGUAAAUAAUAACUUGCUGUCGGUAAUAAGAGCCCAUGAAGCACAGGAUGCAGGGUAUCGGAUGUACAGAAAAAGCCAGACCACAGGCUUCCCUUCAUUAAUCACAAUCUUCUCAGCUCCAAAUUACCUAGACGUCUACAACAACAAAGCUGCCGUAUUAAAAUAUGAGAACAACGUGAUGAACAUCAGACAGUUCAACUGCUCACCCCACCCUUACUGGUUGCCCAACUUCAUGGAUGUCUUCACGUGGUCUUUACCUUUUGUUGGAGAGAAAGUGACGGAGAUGCUGGUGAAUGUACUGAACAUUUGCUCUGACGAUGAGCUGAUGUCGGAGGGAGACGACCUGUAUGAAGGUGGAACUUCGGCGAUGCGUAAGGAGGUCAUCCGGAACAAGAUUCGUGCUGUGGGGAAAAUGGCCCGAGUUUUCUCCGUCCUCAGGGAGGAAAGCGAGAAUGUGUUAACGCUCAAAGGCCUGACCCCAACUGGAACCCUUCCUCUGGGCGUGUUGUCAGGGGGAAAGCAGACCUUACAGUCCGCUACGGUUGAGGCAGCUAAAGCAAAAGCCAUUCAAGGCUUCUCUCCCACGAGGAAGAUUCGUAACUUCGAGGAGGCACGCGGCCUGGACAGGAUUAACGAGAGGAUGCCGCCUCGCAAAGAUGGCCAGCAGCCAGACGGCACCACGAUCAACACCAACACUCCCAACAAGAACGGCACUGAUGGAUAAGCAACAGAAACACGCCACCCCUCCCGUCUUCACACAGCCCACACACAUCAUAGCCCCCAGCCAUUCUCUCGCUCUCUCUCUCUUUGUCUCUCUCUCUCUCUCUUUGUCUCUCUCUCUCUCUCUUUGUCUCUCUCUCCGUCUGUCUCCUCGACUGAAUCUGUCCGUCCAUCUCCCGCUCACCCACGAUCAGGCGGAGGGGGAAAAGCAGCGGACACAAACAAAAAGAAGGCCACAUCGCUGAGAAGACGCUUCCGGCAAAAAAACAAACAUAUGAUGUGUUAAAUCACGCGGGGAAGAUUAUUUAUUAAAGAUUAAAAUAUAUUAGAUAUAUUAUGUAAUAGCACCAAAUCACUGAAUGAAGACAUUUUUGCAGUUAAAUGUAUACUGUUCAUCGAAGUCCUAACUUAUACAUGUCAAAGUUAUAAAACUUUUAUAAAUCUGAGUUGAUGCAGGUAGACGAGGCCCUCGUUAUCCAGGAGUUUUAGUCACUUUUAAGUUAUUUUAUUAUUAUUAUUAUUAUUAUUAUUUUUUUUUAAUUGUUGUUCUCCGUGUGUUUGGUAAGGGAACAUUUGAAGUUCAGAUACUUUGGCCUCGGCAGCCUCGUUUGGAUCUUUGGAUCGAGACAUUUUUUGGGCGCUGGAGGUUCUUCGUACGGUGCAGUGUUGCUUAUACGUGUCUGUCGGAAGAUAAACUGUUUGUGUGUUGAGAGGUGGAAAAAAAAGAAAAAGGGAAGUCGAUUAUAUCGGAACAAUUAUUACGAAUUACUAUUUUAUACUUAAAGCUGAGAUUUAAUGAAGACUUAUCGUCCUGUUUAUACAUUUUUCCACAAAUAUUUGAUGAAUGGAUUUUCUUUCAGUAUUCUGUUCACUUCCCGAGUAACAAAAAUCACUUCCUGUAUUAUUAUUAUGAUUAUGAUUAUUAUUAUUAUUAUUACUCGUGAAUGAAACGGUUCAAGUGAAGGAUUAACGCUUUGUGUGCAAUCAUAGCUGCUGUUCUGUGCUGGUUACGUUCACUCGAUGGCUGCUAGGAUGUUUUUCUCGCCGCUAAACCAAAAAAAGAAAAGAAAAAAAAGGGACCCACAGCGCAGCAUGUCUCAUUCCGUCAGCGCAGCCAGACGUGUCAGUACUCCCACAUCCCAGUUGGAAGCACUUCUUCCUCUUCCUCUUCUUCUUCCUCUUCCUCUUCUUCUCCUCCUUCUUCUUUUUCACGAGCACUGAAGUUAAGUUGAUUCCUCCGGCGGCUUGAGCGCUGAAGCAGCACGCGAAACCGACACAAGAAGGAAGGACACGUUUUUUUUGUUUUUUUUUCUCUCAGUUGUCUUUUUUUGGGGGACAAAAGAGGACACACAUGCUCAAAAAAAGCAGAGGAACUGCCGGCCAUGCUGUCCUCAAGAGAAAAGACUGAUUUUCAUUCAUGCGUAGGACGUGUCCGUGUAUUUAACAGAAUUACGGCAGUUUUGAUUUGAUGUUUUAUUGUGGAACACUAAAUAAUCUGGGCUCUGCUUCUUUGGGCUUUUCUUCUGUUUCUAAAGCUGUAUUAGUGUCUCCAUCUACUGUUGAUUAUACAGAAUGCACAUUCUUUUUUUUCUUUUUUUUUGUUGAAUUGUGGGUAUCAGAGGAGGGGAAACAUUUGACAUGCAGUGAAAUGACAGCACUUUGACGGCGCUGUACCCAGAACACAAUGGACUGAGUCAUUCCCCCCCUCGGCAGGGAUGAUACUAUAAAAGGUACCGCCGUCUCUCGAGGCCCAACAGUACUGUAAUCAUCUCAACCACGGCUGACUCACACACACUCACACACACACACUCAGUAUGUUAUUUUAAUGCUCAGAUUGCCGGUAUGUUUUUCUUCUGGUCUCAACACGUCCGCUCCUCGUCACAGUCGACCCCCCCGAGACCCUUUAAGAACCGCUUUCACUCGGACGUACAUCCACCUGGUGCUUCGACACACCUGACUGUAAUUCUUUCUGUCUUAUCGUCGUUCAGCAGAGGACAAGGGGGGGAAACAAGCUUUAAGAUUUGCUAUUAUUCUUGUAAAUACACGCUCUCCCCCCUCCACCUGUUCUUAUUUAAAAAAAAAAAUAAUAAAAAAUCGAGGCGUUUGUGCUCAUGUGCCAUGCCGCCUUGGCCACACAUGUCAAGAUCCGUAUGUGUGCGUUUGUGUGUGGAUGGCGACCGAGUCGAGUCAAGCCGGGAGACUUUCAACCACACGUGGGUUUAAGAUUAAAUGUCAGUAAUAUUAAUCUUCUUAAAAGUUUUUUCCAUUUAAAAAAUAAAAAAAAAUAAACUAUUGUUGUUUGCCGUUUAUGUUCCGUAGACUUCGGGGGGGAAAACGACCUAAAUAUUAAAAGUAUUUGGGUUUUACACUCUUUAAUUGUGAUGUUAACAUUUUUUGUUUUUAAAAAGGCUUUUAUCGGGUGAGCCAUACAGUAUACUGACCUCCUGUCAGGUCCGAUACAUAUCUCGCAGAAUGUAAACAAACUGUUGUUCAUGGAGAAUCUUAUUAUAGCUGUAACAAAGGGAUGAAAAAGAAAUACCGUACCGUACUUGUCAUGCGAGGCCAUGAAAUCUUUUACGUAGAUGUAUCACUUGAAAGAAAAGAAUAAAAUUCAAAUACAGUGUUUUA